AAUCUCUCAUACUUUUUACUACAGUUUGUCUGCGUCUCCCAGAGAGAGAGAUAGAGUGGUCACCAGUUGUUAAUCUCUCACUACAUUUACUACAGUUUGUCUGCGUCUCCCAGAGAGAGAGAUAGAGUGGUCACCAGUUGUUAAUCUCUCACUAUAUUUACUCUGCUCAUCCCUCGUCCAGCAUCCAUGGAACAUCCAGCUGUUACCAACUUCCGCAACUACAUCAGGAUUAAAACUGUUCCUCCUAAUCCAGACUAUGGAACACUGGAAAUACGAACCAUUCAGUGGUGAUAAAGACGACAAUGGUGAUAUAUAUGGUCGUGGUACACAAGAUAUGAAGUGUGUUGGAAUACAGUAUUUGGAAGCUCUUAAAAGUCUUAAGAAAGAUGGACAUGAGUUUCUCAGGACAAUUUACAUUUCAUUUAUGCCAGAUGAGGAGACUGGUGGACAUGACGGUAUGAAGAAGUUUGUGAAGAGUGACGUCUUCAGGAAGAUGAAUGUUGGCUUCGCUCUUGACGAGGGAUACGCCAACCCAACUGACAACUUCUAUGUCUUUUAUGGAGAGAGAACGGGGUUAGCAAUAAAAGUGAAGUGUCCAGGUCAGCCAGGUCACGGGUCACAGUUCCUGACCAACACUGCAGGAGAAAAACUGUACAAGGUGAUUGACUCCUUCCUGAGUUAUAGAGAUGAACAAGAACACUUACUGAAGGAGAACAAGAAUCUGCGUCUUGGAGAUGUUAACACCGUUAACCUCACAAUGCUGGAGGGAGGUGUUCAGUACAAUGUAGUUCCAGCAGAACUCAACGUUGGCUUUGAUAUUCGUGUCUCUCCCACUCAAGACUUGACAACAUUUGAAGAGAAGAUAACAAGUCUUUGUAAAGCUGCUGGAGAAGAUGUUACUUACGAGUAUACAGUAAAGAAAAUGCCUGAACCUUCAGAGAGGCAGAACCAAGUGAUCUGUGUAGAAGAUGGUAAAAAUCACUGGUGGGACGCUUUCUCACAAGCUUGUAAACACCAGUAUGUAACAAUCUUUCUCUCAAGCUUGUAAACACCAGUAUGUAACAAUCUUUCUCUCAAGCUUGUAAACACCAGUAUGUAACAAUCUUUCUCACAAGCUUGUAAACACCAGCAUGUAACAAUCUUUCUCACAAGCUUGUAAACACCAGUAUGUAACAAUCUUUCUCACAAGCUUGUAAACACCAGUAUGUAACAAUCUUUCUCACAAGCUUGUAAACACCAGUAUGUAACAAUCUUUCUCUCAACCUUGUAAACACC